AUGGAUAACCUCAACAAAAGCCCUUAUUUAGCCAAGUUUCAAACUGAAAUAGACAAAGCUAUCAAUUUCAUGAGAAUCCACAAUUUCAGCCACCCCUCAAUAUCACAAGCCUGUGAAUUCCUUCAAAUUUCUCCAGACGAGCUUUACCCAAAAAGUUAUCGAGAAUUUAAUGAUAAUAACACUAUUUCCGAGUGCCAAAAAAUCCGCUACAACCACUUCGAAAACCGCCGAAAGGCAAAAAUAAAAGUGGUCGCUUCUUAUAUCGCAGAAAAAGACCUUUUGCAUGAGCAUUCUAAUCAUGUAGAGACAAGUUCCAGCCACAGUAGUCAGUUAGAUAUUUUUCAGCAUACAGCUUGUCCUCCUACCAACCAAAAAUCAAGACACAGCAAAACCAAUGAGCCAGAGCUACCGCUUUAUGUCCCAAUUUCUCUAGAAGAAGUGGCCAAAAGAAAAUUCGAUAUGGCUAAACAUGAUGUUUUUCGAAAACUCCAAGUCAAAGAAAACCAAAAGUUUAUCAGGCAAAAAAGUGAAGAAAAAAUUAAGCAAGUGACGUUAAAAGAGGUGGCAAAGGCUCAGAAAAUCGAAAUGGAUAAAAAAAUUCAUGAUGAGCUGAGGAUGACAAAAAUUAUGAAAAUUGAGGAAAAGAGGAAAGGAAUUUUGAUGAAAAGGCACCAGGAAUAUGAAAAAUAUGAAAAAGAGGCGUUGUCAAAUAACCAGUCUUUUAGUAAAUUAGACACUUUUAGUGCUUCUGCAGUUUUGAGUAGAAGCCAAAUUGCAUCUAGGGAAAGAGGGCUGAGUCCAGUAAGGAGAAGUGUGAUUAUAGAAAGUAGAUACAAUGAUGAUGCAGUAGAUGAGCAGCUUAAAAAAUAUACUGACAAAAUGGAAAACUCGACAAGGCUUGCAACCCGUUUUCAGGUUGAAAAAGCUGCGUCAAGCUAUAUGAGAAGCUUAUCUGUAAAUAAAGUCUCUGAGUAUCGAAAAAGUUUACAAUUGCAAGAGAUGGAAAGAUUGGAUCAAAAAUUGCAAAAACUGCAUAAAAAUAUUGAAGAAUCUUUGGUAAUUUAUAGCUAGAAAAGAAAAUCAGAAAUCAUUGAAAAAGAAGCAAAUAAAAAAGUCAAGAAUAAACAAUUUUGAGAAGAAAAACUGUUUGAAGAGCAGAAAAAGCUUGACGAAUAUUACAAAGCCAGGGAAAACUAUUUAGAGCAUAAAGAUCAAAAACGGCAAAAAGCUGCAAAAGAAGCUAAGGAUGCUAGAGCCAAGAGAAGUGCCAUGCUCACAGAGAAAAAUCACUUACGCAAAAGAGAUCAAGAAGAAAACAUAGAAAAAGUCAACCAAAAAUUCGAGCAAUUCAAACAGAAAAUUUUUGGAAAGCAUAAGGAAGCUGAAGAAUAUUUACGAAAAUUAAAAGCUGUAGACUCACAGAUUCCUCAAAUUAAAGUUGAAGCCGAAAUGAUUUUUAAAAUGGAAAGAGAAAACUCUAGCAGAGAUAAAUCAAAUGUAAAAACAGCAGCUUAA